CAACGUCAACGGCGCCGCCUGCCUCAAUGACCAGCGCGACGCCAGAAGAUGAAGACGCUGUCGCAGUGUCUUCCGCGGUAGUUUCGGAUACGGAACCCAUAUGUAGCCACAAGACGGCGCCGACAAAGAGCUGCCUAUCGCGCCAUAAUUCCACUCAUCAUUCGAUCAAAAAGAAAGUGAAUAUAAGUACACGCGCCGAGAUAAUUGAGCCGGAACCAUUGCCACCUCUGCUCAUUAGCAACUCAAUCGCCGACGAUGAUGAGGUCUUCUCGGACUCGCUGCCACCGCCCAAGCGGGAGAGCAUGUGUGCUCCCUACAUUGAGGGCGAUACAGUGUCCGAAACGUUUGCCUUCACACAUGGACUCCCCGCUUGGUUCGACGAUGAGCGCUUGAACGAGAUGUAUGCAUUAUAAAAUUAUUUGUGAAUCCUCACAAUUCUGGAUUUUUCCAUAUUUAAAAUUAUCUUAUUUGUCCA